UGCACCAUCCCCGAGUUCUGAUGAUUUCAACAGAGAAUCUCCAAGUUACCCGUCUCCUAAGCCACCAAGCAGUAUGUUUGCUAGCACUUUCUUUAUGCAAGAUGGGACCCACAAUUCUUCUGACCUCUGGAGUUCAUCCAACGGCAUGAGCCAGCCUGGCUAUGGUGGGAUGUUGGGAGGCUCCUCUUCCCACAUGUCCCAGUCCAGCAGUUACGGCAGCCUGCACGCACAUGACCGUUUGAGCUAUCCCCCACAUUCAGUCUCACCUACAGAUAUAAACGCCAGUCUUCCUCCAAUGUCUAGCUUCCAUCGUGGCAGUACCAGCAGUUCACCUUACGUAGGUGCCUCACACACUCCACCUGUCAAUGGAUCAGAUAAUAUACUGGGAAACAGAGGAAAUGGUGCUGGAAGCUCACAGACAGGUGAUGCACUUGGAAAGGCAUUGGCAUCUAUUUAUUCUCCUGAUCAUACCAGCAGUAGUUUUCCAUCAAAUCCAUCAACACCAGUUGGAUCACCAUCGCCUCUUACAGGUGCCAGUCAGUGGUCUAGGAGUGGAGGACAAGCCCCCUCAUCUCCAAACUACGAAAACUCUCUACACUCCUUGAAAAAUCGAGUUGAACAGCAACUUCACGAGCAUUUGCAAGAUGCAAUGUCCUUCUUAAAGGAUGUCUGUGAGCAGUCUCGAAUGGAGGAUCGCUUGGACAGACUCGAUGAUGCCAUUCAUGUACUACGAAAUCACGCCGUCGGGCCUUCAACAAGCCUGUCAGGUGGCCAUGGAGAUAUCCAUAGUUUAUUGGGACCAUCCCACAAUGGGCCAAUUGGAAGCCUGAAUUCAAAUUAUGGAGCAUCUAGCCUUGUAACAACCAACAGACAAGCGUCAAUG